AUGGCCAGUGAAGGGCUGACGCAAACACAGAUGGAUGCAAUGGACACGACAGAGAGCUCAUCGGUACGACACUAUGAAUGCCCGAUAUGCAGUGACACAACAGCCAGUACGUUGUCUCGUCCGGUCGGACUCCUGUCACGAAUGGUCGUUAAUUAUGCUAUCGGGAAUUCAGUGGCUGAUCACUGUCCGGAUUUAACGCUGGUCGAAAUGGGUGCAACAAGAGACUAUUGUUCUGUUCUUAUGUUGAAAGUUCUGGAGGUAUCGCGACGAAUGACUUUGGAACGUGUAAGUUCAUUGCUCGUUUUUGUUAGUUUAUGUUGA